GGGACAUGGCGACCCAGAGGAACAGCCUGUGCUGGGGGCGCUGGCCGCUGCUGCUGCUGCUGCUGGGCCUGGCCAUGCCCCUGCCUCCGGCCGCUGCCCGGGCCCUGAGCUACCAGGAGGCGGUGCGCCUGGCUGUGCAGGGCUUCAACCAGCGCUCCCGGGACGCCAGCCUCUACCGCCUCCUGCAGCUGGACCCGCUGCCCCAGGGCGACCUGAACCCAGACACCCCGAAGCCGGUGACCUUCACCCUGAAGGAGACCGUGUGCCCCAGGACCACGCAGCAGCCCCCCGAGGAGUGUGACUUCAAGGAGAACGGGCUGGUGAAGGUGUGCGCGGGGACCGUCGCCCUGGACCAGGACACCGGCUACUAUGACGUCCGCUGCCCAGAGAUCAAGAAUGUCAUAUUGGGCGAACUCAUCGGAAGAGGUAGAGAAUUUCUUCGUGAGAAGAUCGGGAGAAUCAAACAAUUUUUCAAGGACCUUCUCCCCAGGGAUGAGCCCUGAGGUCUGUUUGGCCCUGGCCCCGGCCUCUGGGCUCUGACCAAUAAAAUCUGGGAAAGCCA